CAAUCUAUCCACUUGCGAAGAUCUCGUUCCACAACUCUCUCUCCUCUCUCUCUCUCUCUCUCUCUCGUAUUUCUCGAAUCAAGCCAACCCAGAGAGUGUCAUCACCAACUCUAUGUAGCUUUCAAAUUCAACUAUCCAAAGCACUUAACCAUCUCUAGUGCUUCUAUUCUGAACCAUUAUCAAUCGCAUCUCAAACUCUUUACUCUGUUUCUGUCUUUUAUCUGCUUUGUUCAUUCUCUUCCAUAAUUCAAUUCCUGAACAUUCAGUAAAUUUUUUACCUUAAUCUCAGUAUCAUUUAGUCUUUUCGUGGAUCCUAUAAAUAAUUCAUACAUAAUAGUCACAACCCAAUUCCCGGAGUUACAUAUCAAACUUUGUUAUUGUUCUAUGGAAUCUGAAAACGGUUUGGAGGAUAAGAAAUGCAUUUCUGAGGGAAAAAGUGUAGAAGGAUCGGUAGUGGAUGUAAUAGGAGAGAGCCAAAUUGCUGAUAUUGUUGGUGGAGAAGUUCCCACCCUGAAUGGAAAUGCUGAACCUUCUGGGGUUGUAACAAAAUCUGAGAGCCUAAACUCUUCUGGGGUUGCAGUUAAAGCCUCUGCAACUGUUCAGCAGACUAAAAACUCAAAAACCAUACAUGUUCCUCAUGCUGGAAAUAAUGGCUUCUCAAAGAACAGUAACAUAACCAAGGACAAACCUACUACUAUGGAAGGCACAGCUUCAUUUGCUCGUAACCAGAAAGCAAUCCUUUCUCAGAGCAUUUCCUUCCCAGCAAGAGGAGCUCGUGAUGAUGGUUUAAAGAAGAGCAUCGAGGCAAUGUCAGUGAAAAAUGGUGGAGGAAAUGGGACUAAAAUGGAGACCCCUUUUUCCAAAGGAGUAGUUACUUCAGGUUCUCGUUUAUAUAAUCCAAAUAGACGUGCAUCGGCUGGAGUACAAACAAAGGAACAAAACACAACAAGUAGAGCUUCUGUCAGGAGGACUUCCUUGGCAGCAAAGCCUAGCACUAAACGCUCCUUGUCUAUGAAGUCUGGUUCCACAAAUGCAACUGCUAAUUCUCUUCCAUCUGACACGUCCCUACCAGCUGAGAAAAGUUUACCACCUGCUAAAACAGCACUGCCAGUUAAAGAGGAGGAAGAUGCUCAUUCCACCACUUCAAGUUCUACUUCUCGUGGGCGGAGGAGCAGUGGCGGUGCAGGAUUUGCCUUCAGGUUGGAUGAACGUGCUGCAAAGCGGAAGGAGUUCUUUACAAAGCUAGAAGAGAAGAUUCAGGCAAAAGAAGAAGAAAUAACUAACUUGCAAGCAAAAUCAAAGGAAUCCCAAGAGGCUGAGAUCAAGCAGCUUAGGAAACGCAUGAUAUUUAAAGCUACACCUAUGCCAAGUUUCUAUAGAGAGCCUCCUCCAAAAACUGAACUGAAAAAGAUACCAACAACACGUGCAAAAUCUCCGAAGUUAGGAAGGAACAAGAACUCCAUUUCUGCGGCAAACUCUUCAGAAGGUAGUGGAUCUUGCCUUAGCCCACGUCUGAACCGAGAUCAGAACAAUUCAAGCAAGGGAAUGGAGGCAAAAUGUGAAAAAGAAGUCGCAGAAACAAAGAAGCCAAUUAGAAAGUCCCAACCUAGACUUCACUCCCAGGAAAAUGUAUCAAGUAAAACUAAAACUGAAGCGAAUCCUGUGAAGUCAAAGUCAAAGACCACCGACAAAGAAACCCAAAACCAGAAAGCAGGCCUUAUGGAUACCAAAGAAAUCCAGGACCAAAACAGUCAUCUUCCUGAAUGCAAAGAUGAGAUAAAGCUAGAGACCGAAAUGAAUGUUGGACAGAAUAAUACACCAGUAACGAGUCCACCUCCCACUGACAUAAUGCCACAAGAAGUUGCGGCUGGUGUUUAAAUACAUAUUUUUCUGAUAUCUUGUGUUUAUAGUUAAAGAUUACAUUUUGAAGCUCCAAAUUAUUGUGAAUAUUAUCCGUUAUAAGUUACUUGUGAAAAAGUCAUUUUCAUUGGGUAAACUUUCAGUUUAAUGUAGUUGUUUCUUAUUCGCGUGGUUCA